AUGGAUUCUCCAUGCUUCCUGGGCAAUGACCUGUACUCCUAUUAUAACUUCUCCCUGAGCAACCCCACCUUGGAGAAUCAGACGUGUCAGACAAACAGAACCAAACAGAUAAGGAAUGAGGAAGUUGCCAAAGUGGAGGUGGCUGUGCUCUGCCUCAUCUUCUUCCUUGCCCUUACUGGGAACCUGUGUGUGCUGUUGGCCAUCCGCACGACCCGUCACAAACACUCCCGCAUGUACUUCUUCAUGAAGCACCUGAGCAUUGCUGACCUGGCUGUGGCCAUCUUCCAGGUCUUGCCUCAACUCAUUUGGGACAUCACGUUCCGGUUCUAUGGGCCAGAUUACCUCUGCAGGCUGAUCAAAUACAUGCAGGUGGUGGGGAUGUUUGCUUCGACUUACAUGCUCUUGUUGAUGUCCCUGGAUCGGUGCUUGGCUAUCUGUCAGCCCUUGAGAUCCUUACACAGGAGGUCUGACCGGUUGUCUGUCCUCCUCACUUGGAUGGUGUGCCUCCUGUUCAGCAUCCCCCAGCUCCAGAUAUUUUCCAUGAGGGAUGUGGGCAACGGGGAGAUUGACUGCUGGGCAAAGUUCAUCCAACCCUGGGGCUCUAAAGCUUACAUCACCUGGAUAACCUUGACUGUGUACAUCAUCCCUGUGCUCAUGCUGAGCGUCUGCUAUGGGUUGAUCAGCUUCAAAAUCUGGCAGAACGUGAAGCUGAAAACAAUCCAUGAGACCAACACAAAUCUGACCUCUGGCCAUCCUCACAGGGGCACCCUCUCCAGAGUCAGCAGCGUGAAACUCAUUUCCAAAGCAAAGAUCCGGACUGUGAAAAUGACCUUCAUCAUAGUCUUAGCUUUCAUUAUGUGCUGGACUCCUUUUUUCAUUGUGCAGAUGUGGAUUGCUUGGGACGAGGAUGCUCCAAAAGAAGCAUUACCAUUCAUAAUCACUACACUCCUGGCGAGUCUGAACAGCUGUUGCAACCCUUGGAUCUACAUGCUUUUCACCGGUCAUCUAUUCCAUGACCUCCUGCACCGAUUCCUUUGCUGCUCCUCCCGCUAUUUAAAAUCACGACAAGGGUGCGACCUCAGCGUCAGCAAGAAAAGCAACUCCUCCACGUUUGUCCUGAGUCUCAAAAGCUCCAGUCAGAGGAGCUUCACACAGCCAUCUACAGCAUGA